AUGGAAGUGCUACGCCGUUCCUCAGUCUUUGCUGCAGAGGUGAUGGAAGUUUUUGACAGGUCUCCCACUGACAAGGAGCUCGUGUCCGAAGCCAAGGCUCUCUGCAGAGACUACAUAAAUUCGAGGCUCAUUCGAGCAGGUGUCAGCUGGAGCAAACCUGAGCACAAUGCACCAGUGCCUGGCGGUAAGCUGGCCGAGGUGUCCACCAUACUGCUGAGACUAGGGGAUGAGCUGGAAUACAUUCGCCCCAACGUCUACCGGAAUAUUGCCCGCCAACUGAACAUCUCGCUGCACUCGGAGACAGUGGUGACAGACGCCUUCCUGGCAGUAGCUGCACAGAUUUUUACUGCAGUUCUGAGCGUCAAGGCCUACAGAAGAACGAAGGUCAAGUUUGCCGGCUCAGGUAUUUGCAUUGCAG